UCAUUGGCAAGAUCAGUUGUGAAUUCAACAGCUUCCCAACAACAGCAGCAUACGUCCACCAUGUACGGCCCGACGUCGAUUCUGUCCUCCGCGGGGAUGGGUCCAUCCAUAAUGCCGUCGACGCCGCUGCGUGCAUUGACGUACAACGUGCCGUCCACCGUCAUCUUGCUCGACUGGGACGACACGCUUUUCCCGAACGCGUACCUGGCGAAACAGCGAUAUACGCUCGACGACGUGCAUGAACCACUGUCCACGCAAGAUCAGAUUCUCAUGGAACUCCUGAUGCAACACGUUACCACGUUUCUCAAAGCUUGCGUCGAUGCGAACCGCACCGUGAUGAUUGUCACGAACGGAGAAGCCGACUGGGUCGAGCGCUCAUGUAAACGCUUCAUGCCGGCGAUCUACCCGUUGGUCGCAUCCUUUCGUAUCAUGUCGGCGCGGGCCAAGUAUGAAAACACAUAUCCCAUCGAAGAGUGGAAAGUGGCGUGCUUCACGUCUGAGCUGACCAAGCACUUCGUUGGGGACAUGACCGGUCGCCAGCGUCAUAUCGUGUCGAUCGGCGACUCGCACUACGAACGCCAAGCUGUGCAAAUGAUGCCGUCAUGCCUACCGCUGACCAAGUCCAAGUCGGUCAAGUUCGUCGACUACCCUUCUAUCCCCGACAUGGUGCGACAGCUCAAGCUCGUGUCGACCUAUUUAUCGCAUUUGUGUACCCACCCUGACCACCUCGACUUGAUUCUGUCUCGCGAGAUCCUCCGGGGCGUUGUCAUCUAAACCAAUCUAAGUAAUAUUAUUUAUGCACUGCA